CACACCCUCCUCUUUCUCUUCGGUGUGCAGCAGCAGCAGCCCCAUCUGCACAGCAGCAUCAUGAAGCGAUCCUCGCUGCUACUUCUGGCCUUGACAGCAGUCUGCAAUGGAAUUCUCCCUGACAUAGUAGAUUCAGGGCUUAAUCACAUCCUGGAGGAAAGACCAGAGCUGGACCGCGUGUUUGUGGAAGUAGAGCAGCUGCCGGAGGAUCCGCAGCAAAAGCCUGAGGACGCGCUUCCCAAAGCAAACGAGAGUAUAAAUAAUCACCACAAUAACCUUCAUGUGAGUCAUCACAAUGAAACUGCAUCUGAUAACAUGAUUGAUGAUAAAUCUGUCCACUCCUCGAAAGAGCAGGAGACAAACAACAUUACUACAGCUGUGCAGGCCAGUGACCUGGAGAACAAUGUUGAUCAUGGAUGUAUAACUGAUGAGGACUGUGGAAAGGGGAAGUACUGCCUUUCUGGCACAUAUAAUUCCAAGUGCCAACCAUGUAAAGAAACUGAUGUGUCCUGCACUAAGGAUGUAGAGUGCUGUGGUGACCAGCUGUGUGUGUGGGGUCAAUGCAGCCAAAAUGCAACUAAAGGAGAGGCUGGCAGCACUUGUCAAUACCAGACUGAUUGCAACCCAGAUCUCUGCUGUGCUUUCCAUCAAGCCCUGUUCUUUGCCGUUUGCUCGGCCAAGCCCAUUGAGCGUGAGCGCUGCUUUGGUGCUUCCAACCACCUGAUGGAGCUGUUGUCUUGGGACACACAGGGUGAGGGCCCCAAGAAACACUGCCCCUGUGCAGGAGAUCUCCACUGCCAGCACCUGGGGCGAGGGUCGAUGUGCCUUAAAGGAGAGGACUCCAGCGAAGAGGACUUGACAGACUCUCUAUACUCAGAGAUAGACUACAUACUUUAGACACAGCAUUUUCAGAUUAAUUGACACUGCCUUGUAAACAGCAUGACAGGUGUCUCCACUGGAUCUUGAGCUUUUUUGUCAAGUCACUGCACUUUAUUUUUUGCCAGCUUAACCCAAAGUUGUAAAGCUUUAGAGCAUGGAAAAUGAAUGGAAUUAUGCAUUUUAACUGCUUCAUUAGAUGUUUAUAAUCCCUCUAAAUCUUUCCAUGAAUCAAGACAACUAUAGAUGUUGAAUAUCUCUGAACAGUUCACUUUAUUGUUAAAAAUUUCUGAUCCUUUUAUCUUUUAUGUAAACUUUAACUCAUAGCAUUGUUUUCUUAAU